AUGUCUGUCCAGGCCAGUCCCUCCAAGCAGGUUACCUCUGGUAUCCAGAACCUCAACAUGGACUCUACCGCCAAGAAGCUCGACUUCGGUGCCACCGACAAGGAGAACAAGCCCUUCGACGCGGACCUUGCUAAGCUCGAGGCCGAGAUCGAUGCCGAACACCACGCGAACAAGAAGGCCUCCGAGGCCAAGAAGAUCGCCCCUACCCUCAAGCCUGAGGAGGCCGCGGAGCCCCUCCUUACCGAGAACCCUCAACGUUUCGUUCUCUUCCCCAUCAAGUACCAUGAGAUCUGGCAAAUGUACAAGAAGGCCGAGGCUUCCUUCUGGACUGCCGAGGAGAUUGAUCUCUCCAAGGAUCUCCACGACUGGAACAACAGGCUUACCGACGACGAGAGGUUCUUCGUCUCCCACAUUCUCGCCUUCUUCGCCGCCUCCGAUGGCAUCGUCAACGAGAACCUUGUCGAGCGUUUCAGCGGCGAGGUCCAGAUCCCUGAGGCUCGCUGCUUCUACGGUUUCCAGAUCAUGAUGGAGAACAUUCACUCCGAGACCUACUCCCUCCUCAUCGACACUUACAUCAAGGAGCCUUCGCAGAGGACUUACCUCUUCAACGCCAUUGACACCAUCCCCUGCAUUCGCAAGAAGGCUGACUGGGCUCUUCGCUGGAUCACCGACAAGAGCUCCACCUUUGCCCAGCGUCUCGUCGCCUUUGCUGCCGUCGAGGGUAUCUUCUUCAGCGGUGCUUUCGCCUCCAUCUUCUGGCUCAAGAAGCGCGGCCUCAUGCCUGGUCUCACCUUCUCCAACGAGCUCAUCUCCCGUGAUGAGGGUCUUCACACCGACUUCGCCUGCCUUCUUUUCUCUCAUCUCAACAACCGCCCCAGCAAGCAGCUGAUCCAGGACAUCAUUGUCGAUGCCGUCAGGAUUGAGCAGGAGUUCCUCACUGAGGCUCUCCCUUGCGCCCUUCUUGGCAUGAACGCCGAUCUCAUGAAGCAGUACAUCGAGUUCGUCGCCGAUCGUCUCCUUGUCGCCCUCGGCAACGAGAAGGUCUACAGGUCUACCAACCCCUUCGACUUCAUGGAGAACAUUUCUCUCGGUGGCAAGACCAACUUCUUCGAGAAGCGUGUUGCCGACUACCAGAAGGCCGGUGUCAUGAACAGCACCAAGAAGGUCGACCCUGAUGCGGAGGUGGUCAAGAACGAGAACGGUGGUGACUUCACCUUUGACGAGGACUUCUAA